UCUUCGCCGUCGCCGUCGUCCUCCGCAAACCGAUGGGACCGAGCGGGGCUGGGAACGGGGCGGCGGUCUCGCCGUGCGGGGCGUGCAAGUUCCUGAGGAGGAAGUGCGCGGCGGACUGCAUAUUCGCGCCCUACUUCCGGACGGAGCAAGGGCCGGCGCGGUUCGCCGCGAUCCACAAGGUGUUCGGGGCGAGCAACGUGUCCAAGCUGCUGCUCCACGUCCCCGUCGCCGACCGCUGCGAGGCGGUCUUCACCAUCGCCUACGAGGCCCAGGCCCGCCUCCGCGACCCCGUCUACGGCUGCGUCUCCCACGUCUUCGCUCUCCAGCAGCAGGUGGCCUUUCUGCAAGCACAGCUGAUGCAAGCGAAAGCCCAACUGGCGCAGAAUCUGACGUUGGACUCCAUAAACUACAACGCCCUAAUGCAAAACCCUCAUCAACAAUGGUGGGGCGAUAACAAUAACGUAAGCGGACUCCAAGCGUUCACGACCCAUCACAUGAUGAUGAUGAUGAGCAACAGUUCGGCCUCUCCCACGAGCUCGCUCGAGUCCAUCGACCACAGCAGCAACAGCAACCACAGCAAUGGCGCUGCGGCGAUGAUGGUUCACCGCGGUGAGACGGAGAGUAAUAGGGAGGAUUGGUACAAUUAUCAAGAGCUUUGUUUCCUGCGGCCGUCUUCAUCGUGCGCCGCCACGAAGAGACCCCUCAACGGCGACUUGAGCGAGCUUCAAGCUCUUGCCCACACAAUGAUGAGGAACGGAUCGUGAUGGCGAUCGUCUUCGACCUUGGUCCGACAACGCUUCAUGCCCUGAUCAUGAUGAUCACGGUGAUGAUGUAUGACGAAACAUGGUGUAAAUAUUAGAGAGACCCAUCCAUGGGGCCGGGAAAAGAAUAAGGAGAAGACAAAAAGUUUAGCCUAAUUUGAGAUAGGACUGCGGAUGUAGGGCAAGUUUCUUUG